GCGGUAAGGUUCCAUUGAUUCACAUUUCCAAAUCCGCAAAGUUGAGCACAAACUUCUGGAGAAAGCUUUACUUCUCUGAAGAAGAAAAAAAAAUGGAUUCUCCGAUCAAUUAUGCUAUCGACGAUAAGGAUUUAGACGACGCUGCAUUAUGGGCGGUAAUUGAUUCCGCCGCCGCUGCCGCCUCCUCCACCACCGCCGUCACUAAGUACAGUAAACCGCUACCUGACAAUCACUCUCCAAUUAGGCCUUUUCCUAGCUCAAAUACUUCUCCACAAUCUAGGCUAGGCAAAACCCCUAGAAACUUCCAAAAUCAUCACCAUAACGGAGAGGUACUAAAUCACCGGCCGCAGAAAAUGUCCAGGUCAGAUUCUAACAGCGUUUCGGGACUGAGCAGGACGAGUCCGAAUCCGAUGGCGGUAGUUAAGCACGUGCAGAGAGAUCCGUCUGUGAUGAGUUAUUCGUCGCCGGUGACGAGGUCUCCGGCUCGGGUGAUGGAGUAUGAUAACAGGUAUAACAGUCCGAUAGUCUCGGAGUGUUCGCCGGUGGCUACAAUGAGUCAUGGACAGCGUGAGGAUAGAGAUGGUGUCGUUAGGCAUAGCUUGGCUGGUCCAUUUCCAUCCGUUUCUCUGUUCAAGGAGUAUCAAAAUGCAGCGAUGGCGAUUCUGGAGAAAUCUGACUACACUAUGAUUUCUGGACAUCCCUUCAUAAAAAAAACUGGUUGGAGGAAGAUAUCUUUUUACUUCAAUCUAUCAUAUGAAAUUAAAGACAAGACCAUUGAGUUUGAUGACAACCGUAAUGUCCUGCGUGCUGAAUUUAUAGUUCGGGCACACAUGCAGGGUGGUAGGUUCUCAGAUGGAUGGGGAUCAUGUGAGCGGCGGGAGAAGAAGUUUCUAAAACCAAAUCAUGACAUUCCCAGCACAGCAGAAACCAGAGCCAAAAAUAAAGCAUGCCAGGACUUGCUUGGAAUUGGAGAAUAUCGACCUGGUAUGGGCCAGAGUAGUAAUGGGUAAAACAAUCCUACAGUAAGUACUCCAUAACGUACUCUAUAUCUAAGUCAUUUGCAGUUCCAUUGACCAAGAGGAGAAUUCACAGCCAAAAUUGAGAUUGGGUUAUAUUAAAAGUCAUGGAAUCAAGUAUAGAAAGAAGUCGCGUAUAUACUGUAGUACACUCCCUGUGUGCUUGUAACAUUAAAGCCAACCAUGAACCUCGACUUGUAACAUCUUUAGUAGUUCAUCUAGUAUCUUAUCCUUCAUUUUGACUCCUACAUGUUACUUCAAUUGUUUUGUUUAUCUUCCUCGUUUUAUGAGUUGAGUAAGGUCUUCCAAAGGUCUGCAUAUGUACAUCCUACCCUCCCAAGAGUUGCGGGAUUACAUCGAAUAUGUUGUUGUUUAUUCUUUCCUUGAUAUGAUACCUACUUUCAACAUGCUGGCCUGUGUGCAAUAAUACACCAGGCAGCAGCAUGAACUUCCAAAUUUUAUAACUACACUUUUCCAUGUCCGAUUUCUAUGAAAUGACAUUCUUAUUUGGCAUUAUAUACCAUAAAUUGACAGUUAGCUUGUCUUCAUCAGAACCAUACCUUCACCUUUUGAUCCAAAUUGUCACAUUGUUUCUUUAGUGGCAACGUGAAAAUGGACAAAAAAGGUCCUUAUGGGCUAUGGCACUGUGGCAGAAUAGUUUUUUAGAUCUGACACACCGACACUUGCUCUUGUUAAUUUAGACGUAUAUUUCGAGUAUUGUGUAUAUUAUAUUAUUGAGAUGGUGACACUCCUAUUAA